UUAUCCCAGGGGUGCAAGAUGCCUGUGGGCCACAGGUCUGACACAAUAUUGAGGUGUGGGACCUCUAGUGUGAGGGGCUGGUUGGGAACUGGGCUAUGAAUGUUUUCGGAAGUGGUGUGAGUGGCUGGAGCUGGCAGUGGAGAGCUUUUCUGCAGAGACCUGUCUAUGGGAUCCUCCAGUUAAUAGUGAAAGUGAUAAAGAUUCCUCCUUCCACACAUGCACCUUGACUAUCCCUCCAACAGUCUGUCUCUGUCUUAUCUUCUUCCUGAUUUCUUAUUUCCCAGGUACUUGCAGGCUUUUUGUUGCCUGGUGCUUCAUUGCCUACCCUCUCUUGAAGCUCCCCUCUGCCAGCACUGCUCUGCACUGAGGUUGUACAGCUCCUGAUACAGCUCCUCAUCUCCUGGCUUCCUCUUCUGCCACCUUGGUUUGACAAAAGCUCGUGACACCUGGGCUGUAAUCAGUCACAGCUUCCCCCAGAUCAGCAAUGCAUUAAUGUGGGCAGCUUAGGAGGUGCUGUGGUGAAGACAUGGCAGCUGUUACCCCACGGAAGAGGAGCCGGAGUUCUGUCGACACCGAUGAUUCAUCUGAGGCCUUUAAGACUCCUGUCAAAGAAAUGAUGCCAGGCUUUAGGGAAGGUCUGUCUCCGCUCAAGAAAUCAAGGAAGAUUUGCUUUGCUUCUCAAAUAAAAUGGUCUCCCAGCUCCAGUGAGGAGAAAGAGGAAAAUGAGGCUGUCCAGGUGAAGCCAGUGCUGUCGAGGAGGCUGGAUGUCUCACCCCUGCAGGCAGCCAGUGUCCCCACAGCCACGCAGAGGGAGGCCUUGAGGAAUUUAUCCCUCAAACCUGCUGCUUCCUACAAGCCCCUUGUGCCUGCAGCAUCUUUUUAUAGCAAGGAGAAGCAUUACCUUACUCCUCUGGAGAGGAAACAGCUCAACGAGAACUCUACUUUGGGUGACAGGAAUGGGGAUGAAAAUCUCCUGGCUGCUAGCAGGCCUGGGAAGAUAAAAAGGAAUAAAAGCUCAAAACCAACCAAGCAUGGAACCAGCUCCAGGCAUGGCAAAACUGUCCCCAAAACACUUAAGAAAGGAAAAGGAGAAAUACCAGUGGGAAAACCCAGCGUGGAUAAAGAGAAUGUGAGUUGCCUCGUGAAAAAGAAGAUGGAUUCUCCCUUCAGAGUCCUGAGCAUGACAGUGAAACCAGCCCUGAAACUCCAGAUGGGAGCAGCCUUCUUUUCUGCUGGGAAGAAAUCACACUCUAAAAAACCCUUUGUGGACACUAUGUCUCUCCAGUGUCUCCCAAAAUCUCUGGGAACCAAUUGUCUUGCCCCGCCGACAACUACAAAGCCGAAUGCAGCAGAUGGAAACAAAGCUCUUGAGGCAGGUGCUGUACUGAAGAGUGUUUCUACGCUUCAGAAGAAGGAAAAUGAGCACAGGGAGGACUUGACAAGCUGUUUAAAUCAGGAGGGAGAUUCAGAGUGUGGAGGAAAAACAUCUCCACAGAAAAGCCAAAGCCCUUUGGGGCUGGUUUGUACUUCCCAACCUGCAGACACGGGAGACGGCGCUGCAGAGAGCGUGGAUAUUGACAAAACCAGUUCUUCUACAACCUGCGACUCAGAUGAUGAUGUCAUUCCUCCAAGCCAAUCUCCACAUAAGCUGAAUAAGAGAGCAUCUGCUCCAAAUGCUGUUGUCUACCCCAUCUUCAGUGCACCCCCUGCCAGCAAGAAGAAGACUCAGGCCGUGCGGGAGGAGCCAACAUCUCCAUUUGGGUCCAGCUCACUUGCAAAACCAUCUGCAGCCUCCCAGAAAAGCAAGAAGGCCAAAGAGCUCUGCAAGAGCUCCAGAGACCAGAUGAUCAUUGAUGCUGGUCAGAAGCAUUUUGGGGCCAUAGUUUGCAAGUCAUGUGGCAUGAUCUACACAGCUGCUAGCCCAGAGGAUGAGGCUCAGCACAUCCAGCACCAUGAGAGAUUCCUCAGAGCCCUCAGAUACAUGGGUUGGAAGAACGAACGAGUUGUGGCAGAGUUCUGGGAUGGGAAAAUUGUAUUGAUUCUUCCAAAUGACCCAAAAUAUGCUGUCAAGAAGGCAGAAGAUGUGCGGGAAAUUGUAGACAAUGAACUGGGCUUUAAGCAAGUCUCUCUGAGCUGCCCAGCAGAGACUAAAAUCUACUUGUUUGUGUCCAACGAGAAGAUGAUAGUCGGGUGCUUAGUGGCUGAAUCGAUCAAGCAGGCUUUCCGGGUGCUGUCAGAGGCGGGGCCGGGGCCGUGCCCCCGGGAGCAGGACGUGCUGCAGCCGCAGCGUGCCUGGCGCUGCUCCCCUCAGCCACAGCCUGCGCUCUGCGGCAUCAGCAGGAUCUGGGUGUUCGGGCCCCGGCGCGGCAGCGGCAUCGCCCGGCGCAUGGUGGAUGUGCUCAGGAACACCUUCAUGUAUGGCUCCUUCCUGAGCACAGAUGAAAUCGCCUUCUCUGACCCAACGCCGCACGGGAAGCUGUUUGCAACGCGCUACUGCCAAACCCCCAACUUCCUCGUUUACAAUUUCAUUCACAGCAACUGAUUCGAUUUGGUUUUGCAACACCUCGAGCUUCGUUGGAAUGGUUUGUAGAGAAUGAGGGGUGUUUUAAAGGAACACUGAGGAGUCCUUGCUGGGCUUCGCCGCUGUUUUGCUACUGAGCACUGGCUCUCGCUCCCCACGCGUGGAGCAGGGGCGAGGGUGUCACUUUGUGUACAGAGCUGUGGUAGGAUCUAGUGUUAACGCUGCGUGUGGAACGUUGCUUGGAGUUGAGGCUGGUGGGUUUGGUUCUUCUGCCUGUUGAAAUUUUAUUGCCUGUAACUUAAUUUUGUUGAAAGGUUUAAUUAAUAUAAAGGUGUCUCUUUCUUCCUCUAGAGGUGGGGGAAACAAUUCUGAGCUUGCUGCAGUUGUAAAGGACUUGUCUGGGGUAGAAGCCGUAGGACAAGCAGUGCUGUAUUUAUCUACAGAGUAGGAGGUGUUUUACAGCACCUGAGUGGCGGCAGAGAUGGGCCCCUCAGGGGGUUGUGUUGCAGGGGAAGCCCUCAGGGAGGUUGUCUGCUCAAUAAAACGUGUGAAAUGCUGCUGCAGUUUGUUGCUGAGGGCAGAAGUGAUGGGGAAGGGCUUCCCCUGCUCUUCCACCUUCCUCAGAGCAGAAGGAGGUGUCUGAAACAGAAGCCAGGCACUGCGUGGGGGGAGCGUGAUGAGAAUGUGUUGCAACCUCUUCCUCUGCAGCCAGCCGUGGGCAGGAAUUUCCCCAGGCAGCACUAGGGGGCUGCUUGUGUUUUUAUAAAGCCCCAAGAAACUGGUUUUUUUUUUCCUUGACCCUACACUGUUUUUUCUGUGACCUGUUGUGUCAGGAAACCUUCUCCUUGAGCUUGCAGCCACCUCAGAAGCACAACUCUUAAGCCAGGAGCCUGUCACCAAAGGUUACAUGUAACCUGUUAGACACAAACACACACUCCUUGGGAGGAAAAAGAAACACCCAUUUUCACAAUGAGAGUAGAAUGACAUUUACUUUCACCAUCUGAGCCACAAAGCUCUUGCUAAUUCACCAUAAAAAGAGAAAGAUUUGAAAACAGCUGUAACACGACAAUUCUAAACCAAGAGCUGAUUUAAGAGCCGAGUGCAGGCGGGGAGGGGAAUGUUCUAGAAGCAGAGCAAUGGCCCUCAUCCACUUCAGGCAUGUCCUUAAACUAGGGGUUAGUGUUAAAAAGAGUUUAGGCUGUAGUUUGAAGAACAUAGAGCACGUUUGGAAGGAUAAACAAUGCAGGAGGAGCUUUGCUAAGUCCAGUCCCUGUGACUCCCAUACCUGUGCCAUGGAGCUCGAGGACAGCAAAGGUGUCCCCUGAGCUCUGUGGCACAGGAGUGAGAGCAAAAAGGCUUUUAUUUCUGAGCCAAACUUGCCUCCAGUGCUUCCACAAUGCAAGCAGCUGAGGGACGUUUCUUGGGGUCCUCACUAGUGCAGACAGAGAAGAGAUCAAUCAUCUGCUGGUAGGAUGAGUCCAGUUCUUCCAUGUUGAGGGCUGGGCGGGAGCCCAGGGCUGCGUAGUAAGCUUCCUCAUCAAAGCAGUCUUCAUCAAAGGAGUCGUCUGGGUGAGAAGCAGAGGGUGGUUUGGGUUGGACAGGACUUUAAAAGCUCAUCGCACUCCAAGCCCCUGCCAUAGGAAAGGGACACCUUCCACCAGACCAGGCUGCUCCAAGCCCCAUCCAACCUGCCCUUGAACGCUGACAGGGAUGGGGCAGCCACAGCCUCUCUGGGCAACCUGUGCCAGGGCCUCACCACCCUCACAGCUUGCAAGAACUUCUUCCCAAGAGCUCAUCUCAGUCUCUCCUCUGUCACUUUGGAGCCAUCCCCCUUGCCCUGUCCCUCUAGGCCCUCCCAGAGCCUUCUCUUCUGCAGGCUGAAUAUCCCCAAUUCUCUCUGUCUCUACAGGAGGAGGCAGAACAGGGCCAAUCAGGCUUUGGGGCUCUCAAGGGAGAAACAGUCUGGCUCAGGGACAUCUUUCAGGCCUGACUUGAUGUGCUGACAGCCAUUUGACAAACAGCCAGAUCUCAAGGAGCUUCCUCUCUCCAGCUGUUAGACCAGCAGUGGGUUUGCGGUAAUCAGUUACCAGCAUUUCUCAACUUCUCAUGUGGAUUGAGGAAGCCAAAGGAAGUUGAAAGACAUUGAGAUGCUGGAGCGUGCCCAGAGCCAGGCAGAGGAGCUGGGGAAGGGGCUGGAGCACAAGUGUGCUGGGGAGGGGCUGAGGGCCCUGGCGGUGUUCAGCCUGGACUAGAGGAGCCUGAGGGGCGACUCCUAAGCUAGAAG